AAUAGCCAGCAACUUCGAGAGAUCCCAAGAGGAACAAGACCAUAGUCUGAAUUUUCUUCUACGGUAUCAGACCCAGCAGCGUUCAUUGUCCUCAACUUGGCAUUUCUCGGCAUCAAUGCUGGAUCUUCCUCAUGAACACUGAGACCUCUGCACCAAACCAUUCUUGAGCUCAUACUCACCAGAAUACUGUCGGAGUAAGUGACCGCUAAGGUCUGUAGUGCAAGAAAAACCUGUAGAGGGCGGAAAACUUUGAACAUUGAUGAUGUCGGACCUGCAUUAGCCUCCAAUAGCUCGUGGUGAAAGGAACAGGUACGUAGAGGCAGGAACUAGAGGAUGGACUGUCGUGAGUAUAUAGACCUGCUUCAGUUCGGCUUCUUUUGUCAAAAUAGGCAUCUCUUCAGCAAGAACUCCCGCUUUCGAACAUUCACUAAACACAAUGAUUGGUAUUGCUUCAGCCCUUCCCCUUGCCCUUGUGGCGGUCGCCUCUGCGGCUCCAGCACCUCUUGCUGUGCGCCAGGAAGCACCAUUCACCACUACCUCCACAGCAUGGGAUGCUGGUGCCGUAACACAAUUCCCUAUUCACUCGAGCUGUAACGCAUCCCAAACUCACCAACUUGCGACCGCUCUCAACGAGACAGUCUUGCUGGUACAACAUGCCAAGGAGCACAUCUUGCGAUGGGGUAAUGAAUCCGAGGUCUAUCAAAAAUACUUCGGUGACCGACCUCCAUAUGACGCUAUCGGCGCGUACGAAAUCAUCGUCAGUGGUGACAAGAGUGGAGUGCUCUUCCGCUGCGACAAUCCCGAUGGAAAUUGUGCUCUGGAAGGUUGGGGUGGUCACUGGCGUGGUGAGAACGCGACCGGCGAGACUGUGAUUUGCGAUUUGAGCUACGAAACUCGUCGCUCGCUGAAUCAAAUGUGUGCUUUGGGAUACAACGUUGCUGGAUCGCCGGCCAACACGUUCUGGGCAUCGGAUCUCCUGCAUCGACUGUACCACAUGCCAGCAAUUGGUGGAGAGUAUAUCGAACACUUUGCUGGAGAUUACGACGAGGUCAUCGAGCUUGCCAAGGGCAACGAGACUCAAUCCACCCGCGAUAGUGACACCUUGCAAUAUUUUGCCUUGGAGGUGUAUGCAUACGACAUAGCCGUUCCCGGACAAGGUUGCCCAGGUGAGAGUCAUGACCAUGACCAUGAUCAUGACCAUUCAGCGUCAGCAUCAGCGUCAGCAUCAGCAUCAGCGACACCAGCUCCCGCACCCGCCUCGACGACUGGGUCACCAACAGCCACUCAAGCUCCUUCAACAACAUCGAGCCUGCCGCCGAAUUGCCAUACUCAUGAGGGUGGUGAUGUCCAUUGCACAUAGCUGGGUGAAGGGCGGCUGUGUUGAUGAAGCGUGGAUGUUGUGAAACAAGCGACUUUAAAAGUAUGUGGCUUGAAGGGGAUUGAGAAAAUAAUCCCCAUCUCAGCAGGCUUAGAUUAAACCACCUAUACAGAUGAAUACGCCGUAACCACUCAGUCGCUUUUCGAUCAUGAGAGGUAGCAUUGCAACUUCGAUUUGCUCGAAUGUUUCUCUCAUAAAAAAGCUCAAAUUGCAGGUUGAUAAUAGUGACUCAGGCAAAGCCUCUUAAGGCGAUCGAACAUCCUAAUUCUGAGAAGACCGAUGACGUGGAUUGGUAUACAUAAAAGGUGAAGCGCAGACACAGACACCCCAUAGCCGAACAAUCCUCCCGCAAUCA